GUGAAAGGUGCCGUGCAUCGCUGCCCCAUGAAGACUCGAAUUAAGCAGAUCCAACCAUCCUGUGCAUUUGAGUCAUAGUAUCCCUCUUCGGUCAAUUUGGCAUCAAUAUCAACCAUGGUUGUUUAUUUGGGAAGAUCUAGGUCUCAAGCGAGACUCAAAGGGAACAUUGUGGUUGUCAACAAUUUUUACGACGGGGCGUGCACGGUGUCAGUGUGCACGUGACUGCACGCCGGGUGGAGCCGAUCAGUGGCCACUCUGAGCUGAAGUCACUGGAUAUCAGGCCCUAAAAUAGGCACACAGAGGGUAUAAAGGGGGGGGGGGUCUCCCCUGCUCUCCCCAUCAGACGACGGUUCUUUGCAGCAGCGAACGCACUGUGCACGAGAUCAAUUCCAAUUCAGAUGGGAGAAGUUCACAGCAGGCGAGAAAAAGAGGAUCGUACGCCCUAAAAGAAGGGGAUUGGAUCACAGCGAGGCUAAAGGAUUUGAGGAGAGUUUCGCACCCUGCAAAAACACAGGGUGACACUCCAGCUGGGGGGGGGCGAAGGGACAGUACUGGGGAGGACAAUACUGAGGAUACCGCUCUUUCCUUUGGAUCGGUGCGUUGGCGCUUGGGUUUUCUCGCUUCGUUCCUCCCGGGCCGACAGCAGAAAGGAAGGGAGGGGGGGGGGGAGAGAGGAGGGGAGGAGGGGAGGCUGAGUCGCAGCCACCGCAGGGAUGAAGUACAACUACCACGUCCCGGUGUCGACGUACACCCGCAGCUCGCAGUACACGCCGACGUACCACAGCCCGACCUACUACACGGCGUCCCAUUACAGCCCGACGACGCCGCUCUACACGCCCGCUUACGCCUCUGCGACGAAGUACAGCGCGGCGCCCCACUACGCGCCGACGCAGUACGCGUCCACCUACAGGCCCGCGUCCACCUACGUGCCCUCGUCCAGCAAGGGGUCGCGGUACAGUGCGCCGCGACGCGCCGGGGCGCCGCCGCCGCGGAAGAGCCCCGCGCCGGUGGCGCCCGUCGCGCCCGCCACGAGGACGGUGCACUUCCCAAAUGACAUCGUCUUCCAGGACAUCGUGAGGCGAGGAGAUCUGGAGCAAAUCGGUCGGUUCAUGAGAGCGAGGAAGGUCAGGGUGGAUACGCUCUUCCACUCGGGUAUGGCAGCGCUCCACGAGGCCGUGCUGACAGGAAACCUGGAGGUGGUGAAGCUGCUGGUGAAAUAUGGCGCCGACGUCCACCAGAGAGACGAGGACGGCUGGACGCCGCUCCACAUGGCCUGCAGCGACGGCUACCCGGAGAUUGCCAGGUAUCUGCUGUCGAUAGGCGCCAGCACAGAGGCGGAGAACGAAAGCGGAGAAAAGCCCGCAGGCCUCAUCGACCCAGACUGCAAAGAGCUGGUCAAACUGUUUGAGGCCGGUUGCGUGUGAUCGGGCCCCAAAAGGGCCCCCAAGACAAAGGAGCCACCGAGACAGAAGGCUCAGCAGCCACGGAGUGUAUUUAACAGUUUUAAAACAGUGCAAUACCAAAGAAACUCGUUACAGGACGGAAGUACUGAGUCCGAGGUUCGGGCCGUGUCACUGAUGCUGUGAUGCAAGAUGGCGGUUCUGUGUGUACGUUUCAAAGAGAUGUUUUUUAAGAUGCCGCCCAAAAGCUAUACAUUAUGGGGCUUCUUUUUUUGGUGUUUUUUUUUUUUUAUUAACUUCAUUUUGGAUAUUUGUCAUAUAUUGCAAAUUUCUAUGUAGCAAUGUUAAUCUGUUUUUUUCUGUUUUCACUCUCAGUUCCUUGAACCCAAUACUAACAAUAUGUCACUGCGGUCCAGGACUAAAUAUCUAUAGAUUUCUAAAGGAGAUAAGAUUAAUCUUUAUCUUUUUGGCAUUUUGUUUUUUUAUGUUGUGUGGGUGGUAGCGCCCUGCAGUCUUUAUUUUUCAAACUGUUAUUAUAUAUAAUAUAUAAUUUCAAUGCCUAUUCAAUUUACAACAGAGAUACAGAGAAAUUUGGGCCGGAUAUGUUUGUGUUUUAUAGACUGAGUUAUCUAUUCUCGCUGCUGGGCAGAAAGAGGAUCAGUCAAAUAAAUAAUUGAUAACUCAUUGAUGGUCAGAAAUAAAACAAAAAUAUAUUGUUUUUAAACUUUUAGCACUUUUACUGCUGCAGUAUUUCCCCUGGUGUAAUGCUUUUGUAUUCUGUAGUAGAAAUACAAGCAAAGUCAGCAAAGAAAGUCUUAUUGUUUUCUCCUCAAUAACUAUUUUUGUACCUUUUCAUAAAUAAAGACACAUUUUCUAAGUA